CGUGGUGAGUGCCAUUGCAAAGAAGAAGACAUCAGCUGUUCAUUGUUUUGCUCGCAGAUUCAAGAGGACAAAAUGCUUCGAAAACUAUUAUUUAACACACAAGUUGUAUUAAAACAGCAGCCAACGUUACAUCACAUAAGGCACUUGGCAACGCCGAAGAUAUUGCAACUUGAACAAAUUCACAUCGAUGAAGCCAUCAAGAUAGAACCCACGUUAUCUAUAUAUUCACCUGAGAUCUGGCGAAGGGCCCAUCAAACUUUUCAAAAUCACGGUUUGGAAACAGUGAAUUUCCUUAGAAUAGUUACCGGCAACCCUGCGAUUCUGAAAAGAACGCCGGACAAAAUAAUAAGCACCCUAGAAAUCUGGAGAGCGUGUCAAUUCGGUGAGAAUCUACUUCACCUGCUCCUUACGAAAUACCCCGAGUUACUGGACGUAAGCGACCACCAUCAGUUACUUUCCCACAUCGGCUUUCUGAAAAGUCGCGUCUCCACCAGCAAAAAUGUGUGGAAGUGUUUGAUGAACAGUCCGGAUUUGAUAGCACAAUCCGAAGAAUCUGUUGAGGAGAAACUGAACUUCAUAAUAGACGUGAUGCGCAUUGAAGUGCCGGAGUUAGUAAAAUCAGCAGCCCUGACAUUAUCCUUCGAGGAGCUGCGUUGUCGCCACGAGUUUCUGGUUCGCUUGGGCCUUUUUAAGCCCCGACCUCCGAAAGCCGAUCCAAAUGAGCCGACUACGAAUCCCAAACUGUAUCAGAUUACGGACACUUCCGAAAAGAGUUUUGCCACAAAGAUAUGCCACGUCACCCUGCCUGAAUACGAAGCCUUCAAGGAUCUCUACGCCAAGGAACUGGAGCAAAAGUCCAGGAGGAAGGAGGAGGAUGAGUUCAGCGAUGAUGAUGACUAAAUAUGUUUAUAAAUU